ACUUCUUUUGUUAACAAGGUCUAUUUCCUCCAUUUCUCCGACUCCUCUUUUUCUUCGUUUCUUCUCCUCCUCUCGUCCAUUGACGCUCUCAAGAACACACUUAUAAUUAGCAUGCUUGAAUGUCCAGAGACAGGGAAGGAUUUGGCGAUUACUACAAGCUCGUGAAGAAGGUAAAGAAAGAUCCUAUCUUCGAAAAGACGAUGGAUCAUGCCGUGAUGGGAAUAAGGAAACACGUUGCGGUGCCUCCGGGGUCGACGUUGAACACUGUGACUCCAUGCGCCGCUUGUAAGCUACUCCGCCGUCGUUGCGCGGAGGAGUGCCCUUUCUCGCCUUACUUCUCGCCUCAUGAACCCCAUAAGUUCGCCGCCGUUCAUAAAGUCUUCGGUGCCAGUAACGUCUCCAAGAUGCUUCUGGAAGUGGGUGAAAGUCAGAGAGGAGACGCAGCGAACAGUUUAGUCUACGAAGCAAACUUAAGACUGAGAGAUCCAAUUUACGGCUGCAUGGGCGCAAUAUCCGCUCUUCAACACCACAUACAAUCUCUCCAAUCUGAACUCACCGCUGUCCGUACAGACAUCCUUCGUCACAAAUACCGAGAGGCCGCCACAAUCACUUCCCUUCAAAACAACAGCUUCACUAGUACAACAACAACAUCAGUGUCCGAUCAUGCUGCUCUAGCUGCGGCCAUUCUCUCCCCACCACCACUACCACCGCCUAAUCCACCACGACCACCAAGGUUGUUGUCGUCUCAGCCGGCUCCACCGGUUUCUUUGUCCUCUCCGUCGAUGGUGGUAUCGUCUUCUUCGUCUUCUAAUUCAUCUGCUACCAAUUCUAUGUAUAAUCUUCCUCCGUCUUCGGCGGCUGGAUGCAGUAAUUCUAUGUCCAGUAAGAACAAUGUUCAUUACUUCGAUUAAUCAGAGUUAUGUUCUUACUUCUGUUUGUUUUUAAUGCAACUGUUAUACCCCCCUUAUAAGGUUCACGAGUGUUUUGUUUUGUUUUACUUUAUUUUAUUUCAUGUAGAUUAAUAAUUACAUUACUCUUACAUUAAUAAUUGUUUUUUGGUGUAAAUGUUAAGAUAGUUUAUCAACUUA